AUGGAGCUGUCAAAUGAUUGGCCAGCUAGGAUCAGCAGACUCGAGAACAUACACAAUGUUCCACCGUUCAACCACUGUACGAUGAUGAAGUAUUGAAUAAUCUCUACAAUAGUAAGCAACAACGAUGCAGCAAUUUUACUAAUUGUAAACAUGUACGUAACAGGCAAUCUUUGGAAAUUUAUUAAUUUAUGAUUUCAUUAAAUGAUUGCUCGCUGUAAAUAUUUUGCCACACGAAUGAAAAUACGAAUUAUCUUUCUUUCUUAUUAAUUAUUAAUUACCAAUUAAUCAGGAGCCGAGUUGCAUCAACACAGAUAAUAAUUAAUUUUACAAUAUUUAUUUAAUGUUUGACAGAGAGAUCCAGUUUUCCAGCCUAUUCAAAGUAGAAAUGGCUUAUAUUUUAUUACAUCAGUAAAUGGUAGAUUUUUUUCACUUGAAAUAGUUGGUUUAUGCUUCUGGCCAUUAUGCAUUGAUUAAUAAAAGCUGAAACUAAAUUGCUAACUUUAGAUCGUAAAAUGGUUUUUUUCUGCGAAUGUAUCAUGUUGAAUAAUUUAUACAAAUAUUCCCCCACGUUAGAAAUUUCUUUUUUUAGAAAGUUAUGCAAUAAUUUUAAUAAGCUUGAAACGACACCUCAAUUUCUACAAAAAUGUAGCUUCUGCAUUCUGUAACGACUGCAUAUUUUCUUUCUUUUUUUUUUUUUUUUUCCUACAAAGAUCUCCGGUUACCUAUGUGCCUACGUGUGUCUCGUAAGCGGUUUACACGUAUCAUCAGCUACCGCUAGUAAGACGUUUUAUUCGAUUAAUACCAUGCUUGAGGAUUCAUAGAUGCUUCUCUUCUCACAGAGACUUCCUUCUAAUUAUAUUAAAGUAAAUUAAAGUAAAAUUAUGUUAUAUUUCAAAGUUUUUAAAAUUAAUCACACGUACAGUCGUUAAGUCGUGCUUCAAUAAAUCAAUAAAACAUAAAAUCUUUCAUUUCUAAAUGAGAAGAAAUUUCAACUAAUGAGAAUAUCAAAUUUGCAAGAUUUAAUGGGUCUCCUACAAUUGGUCAAGAUACGUGCGCACGUAGAACAAGUGGAGGCCAAACGGAGGACCGGCACUAUUUUAUAAAUAUAGAGGACCACGCGUGAGAAACAACAUGGUGAAACUCUUGGAAAGACCGAGCUUCGUGGUUCGUCGG